CGGCGAUGACGUAGACGGCGGGCUCCACACCCCGCUGAUACCGAGGAGGACCGGCCGCAGUGGCACAGAGGGCUGGGGCCGCGGAGAGAGCGACCUGCGGCCUUGUGCUUCAGGAACGGAGGCCCUGGGAUGGACGGGCGUCGCUGUGAGGUCAGGAAGUCGCAGACCUCUCCCCGGGUGUGCGCCCGCUCGCGCCGCACCAAGCAGCUUCCCUAGCGCCGGACCCCUGGGCCCUGCGCGAGCAGGCGCUGGGGGAGUGGGCCCGGGGGCGCUGCGACCUGUGGGAGCCCUCCAUCCAGGAUGGCAUCAGUGACUGGAGCAGAGACGGUAGAAGAAGAGGAACCAGUGACGUCCAAGACCCAUGGUCAUCCAUUGGAAUCAAAUCUCAAUCCUGUGGAAGCCUCCCUGGAGAUGACUCGAGAUGUUGCCAAGGAAAGAAUUCAUCUUGGGUCUAGCCCUGAAAAGUGGGCAAGUUGUGAUCUCAGCCACCAGGAAGCACUUCUGUCAAAGUCCCUUCGUUUGUCCCCUCAAGAACAGCCUGCCCUUCGUCAAGAUAGGAGGCAGUCCUGGCGGCGAGCAAGUAUGAAAGAAACAAACCGGCGGAAGUCACUGGCUCCCUUUCACCAGGGCAUCACAGAGCUCAGCAGGUCCAUCAGUGCCGACCUCGCAGAAAGCAAGCGGCUCAGCUGUCUCCUGCUCUCCAGUUUCCAGUUCUCUGUUCAGAAACUUGAACCUUUCCUAAAGGACGCUGAGGGCUUCAGUCUUGAAAGUUUCAGAAUGAAAGCGUCUUCUCUUUCUGAAGAAUUGAAACAUUUCACAGAGAGACUAGAAAGUGAUGGGACUCUACAAAGAUGUUUUGAAGAUUCAGAAAGAAAAGCAUCAGAUUUGUCUCUGGAAACUUCAGUGGCUGAGAUGAAAGAAUAUAUAACAAAGUUUUCUUCAGAGCGUCAGACGUGGGAUCAGCUCUUGUUGCACUACCAGAAAGAGGCUGAAGAGAUGAUAUCCAGAGGAUCAACUGAAUCCAAAAUUACUGAAAUCAGAGUGGAACCUGCAACGUAUAGUGGGUCUUCCCAGAGUGAAGUUCUUAAUACAAAACCUGACUACCAGAAAAUACUGCAGAACCAGAGCAAAGUUGUUGAUUGUAUAGAGUUGGUGAUGGACGAACUGCAAGGAUCCGUGAGGCAGCUGCAGGCCUUUAUGGAUGAAAGUACCCAGUGCCUCCAGAAGGUGUCAGUACAGCUCGAGAAGAAAAGCAUGCAGCAGCUGGAUUCCUCUCCAGCUCGGAAACUGCUCAGGCUUCACCUCCAGAGCCCGCCCACCACACGUGGCUCUAGACCUCGUCAGUGACCGCAGGCGGCUCUUCUGCCCCGAGACAGUCAGGGAAGAGGAUGAGAAGAGUGGCCCAGCACAUGGCGACUGCGUGCCAGUCUGAGCUGGAGACUUCUGCCCAGUCCCUCUUGAGGAUAACGGGCUGAAUGGAGAGCACUUGGACUUUAUUCUAAAAGUGAUGGAAUUUAUGCAUCCUGAGGAACGUUACAGAGACAGCUUUUCCAGGAAUGUGCAAAAUCUUGAAGCUUGUUUGAGGUGACCUUGGGAACUAGGGGUCCAGUUUCUCAAGUGUCCUUCGUGGUCAGAAAUCUUCAUGCUGUUCUUCAGGCUUUGCAAUCCAGACAUUUAGGACCAAGUAUAAUGAAACACGUUAGGAGCUGAGUUGGGUUCUGGUCCUAAAGGAAUAAGACUGGUUUUCCAGCACGGCUGUGAAAGUGGUCAGAGAUGAGGAGCUGAGUCUCCACUGUUGGGAAAUGCAUGUGUCUUUGCGAGGCAUCCGCUUGGAAGGGAGCUCCGCUCAUUCUUUUCUCCAUGUCAUUCGUGCUUUACUUUUUAACAGCCAGUUGGCCUCCAGAAUUCUAAAUUCAUGGCAAGAAGAGGAUCGGUACUACUAUUAAUUGUUCUUUGUAUUUGUGAAUAAUCUGCAUUGCACUAGUGCAUGCAAUUAAAGUUUUCCCUUGCUUUGUGUAUGUUUUGAGCAUAAACAUUUUUUACAUUAUUAUUAUUUCAUAGAACAGACAGAGAGCUCCUAUCUGCUGGCCAUUUAGGGAGUAAGCCAGUGGAUGUAAGACCUUUUUCUCUCUCUCCCUCUCUCUUGUCUGUAACUCUGCAUCUCAAAUAAAUAAAUCUUAAAUGUUGGCCCAAGCA